UGUGUGGACUGUGUGUGUGUGUAUCCAGUGAAAAAUACCCGGAGACGGACUGAGACAGUUUUCUAACCGGACAAAUGUGUGUGGCCUAUAAAUAUACACUAGUAACCCCAGCGGAAUCAUCUCAUGGACACCACUGUGUAUCGGACAUGAGGGAAUAAUCGGAGGACACACGGCUCGUCUGCAGCUAACGCUUUCUGUGUUGAGAGUGGGAUCACAGCUGCUGGCUACGAAAAUGUCGGGAAAAAUAGAGAGCAAGCAAGACUCGCAACGGUCCCAUCUGUCCUCGUUCACCAUGAAACUGAUGGACAAGUUCCACUCUCCCAAGAUCAAGAGGACUCCAUCCAAGAAGGGCAAGCAACUGCAGCCCGAGCCAGCAGCCAAGAGUACAGAGAAACCUGCAAACAAGAAGGUGAGUCGUCUGGAGGAGCAUGAGAAGGACGUGGUCAGUGCGCUGCGCUACUUCAAGACAAUCGUGGACAAAAUGGUCGUGGAGAAGAAGGUGCUGGAGAUGCUUCCAGGCUCGGCUAGCAAGGUGCUCGAAGCCAUCCUGCCUCUGGUUCAGGUCGAGGCCCGGAUACAGCACAGUUCGGCGCUGUCUUCCUGCCAUAACCGUGUCUAUCAGAGUCUGGCCAACCUUAUCCGUUGGGCAGACCAGGUGAUGCUGGAUGGGAUCGACCUGGAGGACAAGGAAAAUGUGGCGUCCGUCACCAGCGUCAUCAAAGCAGUGCUGGAUGGAGUAAAGGAAUUGGUGAAGCUGACCAUCGAGAAACAGGAGCAGCCGUCACCCACCACCCCAACCAAACCAGCAGCACCUGCUCCCACAGCCGAGAGCAGCGUGCCGUCCGAGAUGCCCUCGAUAGAUCGGGAGCAGGAGGUCUCGAAUAAGACGGCUCCGGCUGCUACUCCCGCAGAAGCUGCCUCUGACAUACCAGAUGAGGAUGUGGCCCCCCCCAAACCCCCCCUUCCUGAAGCCAAAAUGGCAGAGCUCAGAGCACAGUUGAGUGCUGACGCUGGCCAAAGGAGACCCUCUCAGAAGGAGAACCCUCCACCAGCUCUUCCUCCUAAGAAGCGUCAGUCGGCCCCUUCGCCUACACGGGUUGCAGUGGUCGCCCCGAUGAGCCGCGGCUCCAGUCUGCCCUGCAGCGUUCACAGACAGCAGCAGGACUAUGAGCAGGAGUUCCUUCAGAGGCGUUUCUCUGGGGGGAGCCAGUCGUACGGGGGCGACUCCCCACGCCUGUCUCCAUGCAGCAGCAUGGGGAAGCUGAGCAAGUCUGAUGAACAGCUCUCCUCCAUGGAGCAGGACAGUGGUCAGUGUUCUCGUAACACCAGCUGUGAGACGCUUGACAACACAGAGAAUUACGACCCGGACUAUGACUUCCUCCAUCAGGAUUUGUCAGCGGGGGAGAACCUGCCCCCGAUCCCGGUGGGAGGGUGCCUGAGCCCCCUGCCCGAGUCUCACAGCGAGUCCUCUUCCCCGGUCCCCGGACAGCAUCCCUCGCAUCCCCGCUUCAGUGCUCCUCCACCCCAGCAGCAGCCAGAAUACUGGACCCCACAGCCCAAUCAAACCAACCCCUUACUGUCACGUAUAAGCGCGCCCCCCGCCCUUCCCCAGAAGAAGCGCCGCAGCACCCAGUCGCCCUUCCUCGACGGAGGGUCCAGGGUGCUGUAUGAGCGCUACCCCUCCCAAUAUGACAACUUGUCAGAAGAGGAGCUGCACCCUACACCGCCUUUCCCGCUGUUCACACCCAUCUCCCCCAUGCCCCAGACAAACGGGGGCGCGUUCGUCGCCCAGUACAUAGCCAGCGAGAAUGCAGAUGUCCCCUCCAGCCCACCGCCACUGCCAGAAAAGAAAAGCAGACACAUCCUCCAGUACAUGCAGUUUGUGGAAGACUACUCCGAGCCGCAGCCCUCCAUGUUUUACCAGAUGCCGCAGAGCGAGAGCAUCUACGAGCAGCGCAACAAGCGCUUCCAGGAGGUGUACUGCUUCAACGACUCCUUCAGCAGCACCGACUCAGUGCACGAGCCGCUGCUGCCUCCAGCUUUGCCCCCGAAACAAAGGCAACUGGCCUCCCACUCUUCCUCUCCCUCUUCCUCCUCCUCCUCUUCUCUCUCCUGCCACCUCCAGCCGUCCGUAGCGGCCAUGGAGGAGGCGGGCUCUGGGCUGGGCCUCAGCAUGUCCGUUUCUAACUCCUACCUGAUUGGCCAAGCUUCCUUGACCACACCCACGAGCUUGGACCAGGUUGCCUUGACCAAUGCCACCAUUCUGGAUGGCGGCGGGGGCGGGCCCAACGGUUCCCUGGCUGGCUCAAUGGGCUCUGUGGCUGUCUGUCUUCCUUCUGAGUCUUCUCUCACUGACUCUCUCCACACCUCAGCGAGCGAGAGCGCAAAUGACGAGGGCGGGGAGGGGGAGUACGUCAACUUGUACUCAUCCAACCAGGCCAAUGGAGAGCUGCCUCUCUCCCUCAGAGAAUCGAGCACAGCGGACGAUGUUCUUCAGGACCCCGUCCCUCAGAUGCCCUCCAGCAACAGCAAAGAGGCUUUGGACAAGGAAAGGAGACAGAAGUCAGCGGAGUCGGCGGGCAGCGACGAGGAAGAGGUGGACGAGCUCUCCCUCAUCGACCACAAAGAGAUCAUGAGCCGGAUAACACUAAAGCAAGAGAAUGACGACGGGCCGGACGUUCGUGCUGGAUCCGGAGAUAUUCUAUUAGUCCACGCUACAGAGACGGACCGCAAAGAUCUUGUGUUGUACUGUGAAGCCUUCCUGACUACGUAUAGGACUUUCAUAACCCCGGAGGACCUCAUUAAGAAGCUACACUACAGAUACACUCGCUUCUGCCACAGUCCCGACACCUUCAAGAAGAGAGUCAGCAAGAACACGUUCUUUGUGCUGGUCCGUGUGGUGGAUGAGCUGUGCCUGGUGGAGCUGACGGAGGACAUCUUGAAACAGCUGAUGGACCUGGUGUUCACGCUGGUGUGCAACGGCGAGCUCAGCCUCGCACGUGUGCUCCGCAAGAACAUCCUGGAUAAGGUGGAGCAGAGGAAGCUGCUGCGCUACACCAACUCCCUCAAGCCGCUCGCUGCCCGGGGGGUCUCUGCAAGACCUGGAACUCUUCACGACUUCCGCAGUCAUGAGAUCGCUGAUCAGCUCACGCUCCUCGAUGCCGAGCUCUUCUAUAAAAUUGAGAUUCCCGAGGUGCUGCUCUGGGCCAAGGAGCAGAACGAGGAGAAGAGUCCGAACCUGACUCAGUUCACAGAGCACUUUAACAACAUGAGCUAUUGGGUCCGCUCUCUGAUCAUUCAGCAGGAGAAAGCUCAAGACCGAGAGAAGCUGCUUCUCAAGUUCAUCAAGAUAAUGAAGCACUUACGAAAGUUGAAUAACUUCAACUCGUACCUGGCGAUCCUGUCGGCCCUGGACUCGGCCCCCAUCCGGAGGCUGGAGUGGCAGAAACAGACCUCAGAGGGGCUGGAGGAAUAUUGCACGUUGAUUGACAGCUCCUCGUCCUUCAGAGCCUACCGAGCGGCUCUGUCUGAGGUGGAGCCUCCGUGCAUCCCGUACCUGGGUCUCAUCCUGCAGGACUUGACCUUCGUCCACCUGGGGAACCCCGACUUCAUUGACGGGAAGGUCAAUUUCUCCAAACGCUGGCAGCAGUUCAACAUUUUGGACAGCAUGCGGCGCUUCCAGCAAGUGCAUUAUGAGCUGAAGCGCAACGAAGACAUCGUCUGUUUCUUCAACGACUUCAGCGACCACCUGGCGGAGGAGGCUCUGUGGGAGCUGUCGCUGAAGAUCAAGCCCAGGAACAUCACCAGGCGCAAGACAGAGCGCGAGGAGAAGACCUAGGGCCCCCGCGGGCCGCCUGAGACUGACCUCCAACUGUGCUUCAUGACACUAACUCCACUUUACUACAGACUGAGAGAAAGACGAAUGGAAGCGAUCCGCCGGAGCUAAUGGGAGACUCAUUGUGGGGGGCGCAGAACAAACUACAGAAGCAUGGCCGAGGUUUACAAAGAGCUCUGCUGCUCUGGGAGAUUAUAAUUGGGAUUACUGUGGCUCCGGCGUUUAGACGGGGAGAGAUUCAGCGACUGAAACCAGAGGAAAGCCCGGAGCCGAGGAGGAGUGAGGAAUCGCAGAGCGGACAGGGAGACGCUACGGAAAUAACCAAAGUCUGCUCCCUGGGCUCUGUUCUAGAGGGGAGCUGCUGCGCGUGUGUGUGAGAUUGAGCUGAAUGGUCCAUUACUCUCCCGAGUUGCUCCUCCCUCUUCCUUUUAUGUAUGUGCCAUGUGUCGGUCAUCUUCUGGAACCCUCUCCUCGACUCAUGAGUUCACCCUCCAACAGCAGACGCUCGACAGCUGCCCCGAACUGUGACGUCGGCACGCAGGCUGCAGCCCCGAGAACGUGCUGCGUGAGGGAGGGGAGGGGGGGGGGGGGCGAGGGGGUUUGAACUCUGAGAGGAUGACCACGACAGACUGGAACUCAUGAGUUUGUUUUUUUUUUAACCAUUUUGUGUAAGACUCAUGUAUGGUUAUGAAAUGUAUUAUAUACAGUGCUCCUUUUGUUCUUAGAAAGGAUGUUUAUGCUUCUGAGAAGAGCUUAGCUUCUCCACAGUGCCAUACGUAUGUGCACUAAAAAAAAGCAAAAAGAUAAAUUACUAAAGAUGCUGUGAUCUAUGUAUGUCAUACCGAAUCAUCGUGUGCCGUGUUCAAGUGUAGAGAACCAUCAGGCAACCGCAAUCAUGUCCCGGUCGCGUCGCUGUGGAAGAGUGCUCGCGUGUGUUUGUCCUUCAACAAUGUGCUGUAGUAAAUCAUUUGGAUUCCUUUUUUGGGAUAACGGUCAGAAAGCAACACAUCACACUGUGCUCUCACACUCCAAUAAACCAACAGCUGUUUCUAUACACACACACA